UUACUUUUUUAAAAUAAACUAUUUUUAAGAAUAAAAUAGCUUCUGAUCGCGAUCUCAAUAAAACCCAUGUUUUUUAACUUGAUAUGACGUUGUUAUAUAAAAAUGGACGGUAUAGUAAGAUAGUUGUGGAGUUUAAAUUAAUGAUUUUUUAUAAGGAUUUAAUAAACUAUUUAAAUAUUGGUUGCUUACUUAGCAUAUUAAAAAAUGAUAAGCGAAGAAAAAAUUGAUAACAUAUUUGUGAUACUUUUUAUGCUUUUUUGUUCAAAACAUAUUUUAGUCUAUAGGAGUAACCCGUUUGUUUUUGAUUCAAUUGCUUGCGCAGCAAAGAUUAUAGAGACGUUUAAAUAACGGAAUGAAUUUACAAAGAAUACCUGAGAAAAUGGGUCAUGUUCUUUGUUCCAUUACAAUUUUUAUGUUCUUGCUCAUUUCUUUAAUAAUGAGCGUGAUUUCAAUUCUAAGUAAUCAGUGGUGGGUUGGAAAAUUUAAAGCUGACGUUCCUCUCUCAAAAUAUGGUUGUUGUAUGAACAUUGAGUUUUCAGUAACGUACACUUUUACGGAAUCGUGUUGGUUGAUGACCAUUACGAACGCGCCAAAGUUUAAUAUUACCACUUAUUCUGUGGUUAAAAAAUGCGAAGGAGAACAAACUUUAUUAGAAAAAUUAACAAAAAAGGGAAAUUUGGAUUCCUUUAUGCACACAUAUAUUUGUAUAUUUGUUUCUUUGGUAUUCAACGUAAUGGCUAUAACCUUCUCAUUUUUGAAAUAUCCAUUUGCUUGCAAAACAAGUCAACCUGGUUUUCACAUUUCUACAAUAGUGGCAUUACUGUUCUCAGCAUUUACAAGCAUGAUUGCAGUAUUUGUUUUUACUAAAAAUGUCUAUUACAAAGCACCCUUCAUGCAAGCCAUAAAGUUUGACGCUCCAGUAAUCGCAAAAGAUCUUCCAGAGUCAAUCAGUAAACUUGUCUUGAAGAUAUUUAGCAAAGUAAAAACGUCUGAUUUAUCGAAAAACUUUUCUAAAGGACAUUCUUAUACAAUUUUAUGCGUUGGAACUUGCUUUUUAUUUGUCAGUUUAUUACUUUGUGGAGCAGAGUUCUGUUUGAUGCGUCAAGUGUGUUCGAACCGUUUUAGUAAACCUAUGUUAAUCAAAGCGAAGAGGAUAUGCAAAAAGAAUAACUUAUUGAUUACGCACUCAGUUUAAUUUGCUUAAACAGUCAAAAUUUAAUCACUAUUAAAUACUGUUAACCAAAACAUCUCAGGGGCCAAGGAAUAUGGUUUUUGUUGACAAAUCCGCAAUUUAAGUGACAUAGUCAGUGCAAAGUAAACUCACGAACUCGAAAAAUGUGUUAGAGUGUUAUAAAAAAUCAAGUUAAAGAUUUUUCUCUUCAGAAAAGUUUAUUUUUUGAUGUUGUUAGAUUAAAUUAAAUAAAACUUAGAGUAGAGACCGUUCUGUUAAUAGAGUGAAGAAAAAAAAAGUCCUAUUAAUUAAAUGCUGCUUUUUUAAAUUUUAAGUUAUUUUGUUUACUUAUUUAUUAUGUAAUUCCAUUUUGUAUUUAUUU